UUCCCCGCACCAGCAGCACUUCAAGGGAACAAAAGAAAAGCUAGGGUUAGGGUUUGCUGUUGAUUCCGAAAAGUUCAGAUCGGAAAUCAAUUUGCGCGAUCGAAGAGAUGAGUUCAGGGGCUUCAACGAAGGGUGGUAGAGGGAAGCCCAAGGCCACGAAGUCGGUGUCGAGGUCUCAGAAGGCCGGUCUCCAGUUUCCCGUCGGUAGAAUCGCUCGUUUCCUCAAAGCCGGCAAGUAUGCUGAGCGUGUCGGUGCCGGAGCUCCGGUUUACCUCUCCGCCGUUCUCGAGUACCUCGCCGCUGAGGUUUUGGAGCUUGCCGGGAAUGCUGCGAGGGACAACAAGAAGAACCGUAUAGUACCGAGGCACAUACAGCUUGCAGUGAGGAAUGAUGAGGAGCUAAGCAAGCUGUUGGGGUCAGUUACCAUUGCGAAUGGAGGGGUUUUGCCCAACAUUCAUCAGAAUCUGUUGCCCAAGAAGGUGGGCAAAGGCAAAGGAGACAUUGGCUCUGCUUCUCAAGAGUUUUAGGAGUGCUUGUUUGUUACUCACUCUUGUGUUCACUCUUUGAACUAUGAAAAAAGAGACUUCUGUGUAACAUACAUGUUUUUGUUUCUCUUGUUUCAUAAUGUUUGUGCCUUUCUUUUUGAUAAAUCUUCUUUCUUGUCGUAUGAAAAUGGAAAUUUCAGUUAGUAAAGAUUAAUUUUGUCCUC